CUCUCUUCGGUUCGACUUUAGAAAUAUUUCAUGAUCUCUGACCGCUGGAUACUUCUGGUCAUGUUGAUGAUGCGUCGCCCUUGAGGGCUCACCUUGUACCGACGCGUCGACGCCUUCAAUUUCUACGGCCCUGUCAAAGACAUUUGUCCAAGGGCAAUCGCCUCACCUCUCAUCAAUCGGGUGUAAAUCGCCAGCGCAUCGUUUCCAUGGCGCGGCAGCGGUCUCAUGCUCAAUACAAUGUGCCCUACAACCCCCAGAACUGGGGUCCCGCUGGCAGUCUGCCGAAUAAUGAAAUGCUUCGGGUUGCUCCCCUUCCGUUAAAUGGGCCUCACUCAGGUCUGUUGCUACCGUCUUCCUUGGGUUUAGGUGACGUCUCUUCUCUUUUGUUUUUGAUUUUGGAGUAAAGACGCCUUGACAGAAUACUAUUCAGAGCGUGAAAUACUGUCCCCGGGGGGGUUAACAUGACUACUAUUAUAGAUCGAUGCUCUUCGCCACCUCCGCCAUAUUCACCUCCUGAUUGCAGUCGACCGUCAAGUAAUGAUCCUGAGCGAGCUGUCUCAACCGAGCCUUCGACAGUGGCGACGCUAUUGCACGUUGAUCCAAACACCACCUCGGUGGGAGCCUCUUCUGGAUAUCAACGUUCCGCGCCCCAUUCACGGCCUUUCUCCAUGGUCCAGUUACCUCGUCCAAGCACUGGUGGACGGGUGCCUCUUCCGCCCCCUCCCCCGCCGCCGCAAGCGUCAGGCUCUAGGGUAUCGUCCUACAACUAUACAGAUACUUCCCUAGAUAAAUAUCACGAUCCUUCUGCAAUCAGCGGUUCCCCUAGUCCCUACAUUACAGUCUCGCGAAAUGACGGUAGCCUGCAAAAUGCGUCACCUGGCAACCCUGGGCAGCACGUCGAGUCUCCUUGGGAUCAUAAUCCCCUACGCCCCCCAGCAGCCAGGCGUGCUGCGUCUGCGGGGCCGGUAGUUAGUGGUACAAGCUCUUCAAGGAGUUCAUGCCAGUCAUGGAGAGGCUCCCCCCCGUUAGGUGGCUGGGCUCCAGGAAUGCCUCUCCCUCCACCUCCUCCAGGCCCCCCGCCUAAUGUCAGGUCAAGAAGCGUAGGUGUGCCACACGAUACUUCAUUUGGUCAACACCCGCAAGCCCAGACCAUACGGAGCCGGCGGCCUCCAGCGCUGGGUACAGACUUGGGCAGCAUCCCACCAACACCAGCUGGCUGGGUAGAUGAAGAAAGUGUGGAGGCUUCACAUAAGCAAGGUAAACAGCCUUCGUACGAGAACAUAGCAAUGGCAUCGUCCAAUGGUGCAAGUGCUCCAGACGGCCACGACCCCUCUUCCACGUCUCAUGGACUCUUAGGCGGACGCCUCCUUCGCUCCCCAGCGUUAAGAGACCCUAGUGCAAAGGGAAUCCGCGAAAGAAGGAUUGAACGCAGGAACAGACAAAGUCAAUCCUCUGCGGACUUCAAUGCUGCUUCUCCUAACAGCAAUCUCUGGGAUCACACUUCGAAGCCGGUAACGCCCUCAGAUCUAGACCUUUCUGGCUCAAGUAUAAGCCCGGACACCUCCCGCCACCUAACAUCGACAAGGGUCACUCCACAUAGUGGCAAUAGCGUCGGCUCUGACAUGCAGCAAGCUUCAAGAUCUAGGCCUUCUUCAACUAGCCUUUUUUCAACCCGGUCCCCUCAUUCUACUCCACGGCCUGUCACCAGUCCCGUCAGGAUUGGUUUAAAAUAUACCCAAACACCUCCUUUUUCACCUCACGGAAAGCAAUCACCUCCAUCCUUUCCCAAAGACAUAGCCAAGACGCUUCUUGGUAAGACCCUACCAACGCCUCCGCCGAAUUCAACUCAGGGAUCGAGAUCGGCUUCCCGCUUUUCUACAGGAGAGGACCUCCAAACACCCCAUAUGAAUAACAUGCCCGAUGGUGUCGCCUCCAUGGACUCUGUGCUCUCACAGUCUGACACCUCCACACGGCAAGCGUCCUCUUUGAACUCGCAUGCAAGUCAAGAUGCCGAGUUCAUGCAAAAUGCAGAGAAGAGACACAGGGCGUUUAUAGAGAAGGAGUUGGCUGCGGCAAAUGAGUCCGAGGCUUUGAAGAUCUUCUCAGAAUUCAUUAUAACUGAGUCCCAGAUCAGACGCGAACGGUAUGCCAAGAUCUGGGAUCGCUCCUCUCUGGAUUUGGAUGAAAUACGCCGUCAGCUAUUUGAAUUACCAGAGGACUCGAGCCUAGAACCCGAAGCCAGCCAGAUAACCCCGGUACCGAUGACAUAUCCGUCUUCUCAGAAUGAGGCAUCUCAAUCGCAUGUCGAAUCUUCCUGGACCAAUAACUAUAGGCCUUCCUUAUCCCCCAUAGCAAGUCUCAAUACGAGCAACGACGAGAUGAGCUCUAGAGGCCGUGCACCUAGCCGUUGGUGGGAAUCCACCACUAGUUCAAGUAGCAUCGGCCAAGGUCGGAAAGUUCAGCGAUCAAAACGCGAGUUAAAAUACAUGGGGCUGCCCCGUGAACAACAUCAGGCCAUGCAAUGGGCCAAUGUUCCCAAGACAGAGGAAGAGGAUGCCCCCCCGAGUUUCAGCGGUCAGUCAAUUUCAUGUGGACCGGAUCAAUAUCCGCCUGAGAAGGUCGGUUUGCAUGAGGAGCCAGCCUGCCAGAUAUCGAACGCUCAGAGUCUCCUUCGGCGAGGUGAGACAACUGAAAAAUUGGAUAUAUCUAGGUUCAUCACCCUUCCGCCGCCUUACCCACGUCAUCAUCCUGCUGUCAACAAUAGCCACCCGGACCUUGUUACAUACCGCAAUACCGUCAGGUUUAUUGGUGAUCUCUCCGAGAUCAAAGCUACUAAGCAGAAAUACCAGUCGCAUGUAGAAAGGCUACACGAAGAGCAUCAAAGAAGGACUAAAGAAGGCCGUCGGCAGUUCAGGUCCAACCUUCAGAGCCAGAUCCAGCAAGGCAGUAUUACAUUCGCCGAGGCUGCGGAAGCAGAAGCUGCAAUUGCGAUCGAGGAAGGUAAGCUCGAGGUCGAACUGGCUCAUCAGGAACUGGAUGCUCAUCAAGACUUGGUGCUGAAGCCCAUGCACGCUGUUCUUGUUGACCGCAUUACCAAGGCCACGAGCUGCAUCGACGAAUUGAGCAGCAAACUAUUUGAUGAUGCACAACACGGAACACCUGAUCAGACACAGGAGGAAGGGGAUGAGAAGCCUGAGCUCCUGGAGAAACUCACACAGCUGAAGUGGUUAUUCGAGGUACGCGAACAGCUGUACCGUGAAAUCUACAAUCUCAUGAGUGACCGUAACGAGAAAUAUCGAAAGGUGGUAUCACUCCCUUACUUACAAAAACGGGACGAAGAGAAAAUGCGCGAGACAGACUCGUUCUUUGUCCAGGAUGCCCUGAAUCGCCGCGCGAAGUACGAGUCGCAGGCACUAUCUCGUCUAGAGUCCUUCCUGGAUGUGAUUGAAGGAAACGUUGUUCGGGGCGUGGAGGUACAGCUCUCUGCCUUCUGGGACAUUGCCCCGGGCCUUCUCGCCUUGAUACAGCAGAUUCCGGACGACCUCCGAGGCUUUCAAGUUCAAAUACCUACGAACGAGUAUGAAGAGAACCCCAGCUACCAUUCACACCCGUUACAAUAUCUUCACUCGUUGCUGUCCCAUGCAGAGACAUCCAGCUACCAAUAUAUCGAGUCUCAGAUCAACCUCCUCUGCCUCCUUCACGAGGUCAGGUCUGCCGUUAUGAGGGCUGACUCCAAUUUGAGGGAGACAGAGCGAAUCCGGCAGGGUAUCCCGGAGGAUAUUGCGCACCAGGAGAUGCAAAACUCGCGCGCUGAAGAAGAGAGGCUGUUGACGGCUGACCUUAAGGAUAGAGUUGCGACGGUAGAGGGGCAAUGGAACGAUGCUCUAGGCAGUCAGAUACGAGCAUUACAGACACGGAUCAAGGCACAGCUUAUUGCCGAAGAUGGUUGGGAUGACAUGGAGCAUUUGGACCACGCAUGAAAAUGGCCUUUUGGAGACAGAUUUCCUUUUUUUGGGGGGGGUUCUCUUUGCCGCUGUCUCAGAGCCUAUGAUACCCAUAUUCGUUCGCUACUGAUACGAAAUACAAAGUUCUUGGAAGCCGAUGGAACAUGCUCGUCCAUCGACUAUGAACGAUGUUAUUAUUGUCGUCUGGGUGAUUCUAUGGUCACGUGACCACACUGGCUUCUAGAGCUUUCCUUUCUGCGAGCAGACUCUAUUUCUAUUUCUCCCACCAGUCCCUCAGCUUAAAGAACAGCACUUCCCCUUCCCCUGCUGCUGCUGCGAGAUUUAUUAGCCAGUAUCUGCAUAUCUUCUAUCCUCUUUGCAAAUCAGGAUAAGAUCUGAAAAUUGUGAGUGUUCCCUUCUAGUCCCGUCCUACGCAGAGACGCAUAUUCUUUUCCAUCCGUCCCCGUCCAUUAUGAUGAAAUAUCCACAGCUGGCACCAGUCUGAAAGAGAUCUUUGCAUCUCCAAUGCUGAGUAGCUUUUGUCCGGGAAACGCUACCCGUGAACCUGAAUUUUCUUUGCAGUCCAUUAGCAUUUUCUCUUCGUCAAGUUUUUUUUUUUUUUUUUUUUUUU